ACUAUAAAUUACGGGAUGGCGUGGACUGUGGAGCCCAAGCACUUCAACAGAAAUUUUGAACUGCGGAGUAGGAAACUAGCAAUGGAGGAAGCGAAGGGAUUGGUGAAGCGCAUGCUCCUUGUCAAGUUCAAAGACGGUACCCCAUCUGCCCAAAUCGAGGAAAUCCUCAAGAACUACGCCAAUCUCGUCAACCUCGUCGAACCCUUGAAAUCUUGGCACAUGGGAAAGAACGUGAGCAUCAUGAAUUUGGACCAGGGCUUCACGCACGUCUUCGAAUUAACGUUCGAGAGCGCUGAGCGAUUAGCAAAGUACGUGGAUCAUCCUGUUCACACCGAAUUCUCAAACCGGCUCCGUCCCCAUCUGGAUAAAGUCGUCGUGAUCACCUACGAGCCGACUGCCUUCUGUACCUGAAUCACCUUCUUACUGCGAUAUCCGCCAAUGUCGUGUUCGAAUAAAAGGUUUGUUAUGUAUGACUAAAUUGAAGAUCAAGGUGCCAUUAUCUCGAAUAAGGUGUUUAAUAUGGUUUAGACUCUAAAGACUUUUGUCUUUGAAAAUAACAAAUCAGAAAUAGCACUACAUCUAAAUUCAGAUCCA